CGGACGCGUCGUCAUUUUGAGAAAAUAUCGUUCGUAAAUAGUUUCAUUCAGUUUGAUAUAUUGUUGAAUGGUUUACACAACUGUGUUGUACUGGAAUUAUUGGUGAAGUGUGUGUUGAAAGGAUUUUCUCGUGUCAUUUUAUUUGAAUGAGCUGCGCACCGACCGCCAUCAUGCCGACGCACGCGCGCUGCGACCGCGUCCCCCCCGCCGACGGCACCCCCUGGGCCGCCCUCGACCUCACCCUGCAAGACGACGACCUGCCUAUCGAUCCCCGCCGCUGGAACCGCCAGCAGGUCGGGUCGUGGGUGUCGCGGCGCGGCGGCCGCGCCGAGCGCUUCCCCAUGAACGGCAAGGCGCUGUGUCUCAUGUCGCGGGACAUGUUCCUCGCCAGGGUGCCCGGAAAGGGCCACGAGCUAUACCAGGACUUCAGAAGAAGGCUGGUGAAGGCUCUGGCGCUUCAGGACCUGCUUGAGAAGAUGGUGCCCAAGUGAACAACUUCUAGUGAAGUCGAGGAACACAUUUAUUACGGUUUAAGAAAACCCUUUGUCAGAAAAUAACAGUAAAAUAAUGUCACUAAGAAAGAAAAUAGUAGAUUGCGCCACACGGGAGCAAAAUGACAUUAACUAUUCAAUAAAUAAAAUUGAUGGAUUUGAUUUAGUUUAAUGUGGUAGUAUUUCGUGUCGGCGUGGUGAAAAAUGUUGUGUUUCAAUUGGCGGCAAAGUUUGUCUUCGUGCCUUGAAACCCUCGCAACGCUCAAGAUUCCACUUUGCUCUCUCGUAACAGGGAAGGAGAAUCUCCUUUCCAAAUGGUUGAUGUGAAAAUAAUUUUACUAAAAAGUUCUGAUAUUAGAUAAUAAGUAAAAGUGUUAGAUAAGUUAGUAAAACUUAAGUUCUUCCAACUUGACAGCUGACACAGAUGUAGUGCGAAAAGAUUUGCCUCCGUAUUGUUACGGAGACGUACGAACGUGUCAUGCUAUUUCAGUCAG